CGGCCGUCGGCAUCACUCGACACCCGUCCUCCUACAGCCGCCGUCAGGAUGUACAGACUUCUGGUAGUGUGCAGCCUGGCUGUGGCGUGCGCCGCGGCGCCCCAGCAGCGCGGCCUCUUCUCGGGCGACCCGGCCACGGCCGCCAUCCUGGCCGAGACCCGCCAGGUGCGGCUGGACGGCAGCUCAGACGUGGCCUACGCCCAGGAGGACGGCGUGCUCUUCAAGGAGACCACCAGCGACGACGGCGAGCGCCGCGGCUCGUACGAGUUCAUCGGCGACGACGGUCAGCUGUACCGCGUCGAGUACACGGCCGGCGCUGGUGGCUUCAAGGUGAUCAGCAGCACGCACGUGGACGCCACUCCGGACCUGCCCAGCGGCCCGGAGCAGUAUUACGAGCCGUCCCCGGUGCCGGCGCCCACACAGGUGCGUCAGCCGGUCCGUCAGCCGGUGCGCCAGCCGGUGCGCCAGCAGGUGCGCCAGCCCGUCACCUCGGCGUUCGAGAUCAACUACAACCCGGCACGACAGGCGAUCCCCGCCACCACCACCACCACGGAGAGCACCGUGCGUAAGAACUUCCACACCGGCAAUGUGGCGCUGUCCCAGGACGGCCAGGGCUACGUCUACAGCUACACCCACACCGGCUGAGCUGGCCGUCUGACGGGGUGCCAGCCGUCUGCUAGUCGAAGUUCGCCGAGCUGCUCCCGUCCAACAGCGGUCCCCUGUCUCAUCUCAUCACGUGCCUCCUUAGGGCCACUUCCGUCCGAAACUUCUGUUAUCUGUCAUCAUGAAGUCAUACGUUGGCUGUGGAUAUGUCCCACUUGACUGAUAUUGCUUACGCUUAUCCAAGAGGUCUUGAGGAAUCACUGGGCGGUUACCAUCUUCGCAACUGUUCUGUCUCAUGUCCAUGCAAACGUGAAGUGUUUAUCAUGUGCAAUAAACCAGAAAAUCCCGAUAACAGUAA